UGUAAGUUCACACUUGUAGUGCGCUCUGCCCAAGCGAUCUGUCCUGCCAUUCCUGGGCUCUUUACCACAGCCAGCGGACUGGAGUGUGUAUGUGGUGUGUAUGUGAGGACCAAUAAACACACACCAGACCAGUACUGCUGCUACAGCUUCAGACAGACUACAGAACUGAUACCAGAGCUAUACUGUAGCAUUCGGUUGGUGUUCAAGACUGGGCUUUUUGGAUCUGAAGAUAUUCUCUAUCCUCCCUGUUUUGGAUUGGAAUAUAUUCUAUUUUACAGACUGCUUUUCUAGGGAGGAUAUUUAUUUGUGUUUUUUUACUUCUUGGUUCAUUCAGGAGAGAACCAACCAAUGCAGAAUAGUGUGGGUACAGGAAUAGAAGCAGGACACAGCAUGGUCCAGAGAGCAGGUGUGUGACCAUAAGGGAACAAGCUACUACGAGGCUGGGCCUGGGAGAAGCGAUCCGACCAUUGUCCUGCCGUCCACAGGUCUCCUGAGGAGUACGUACCACUCUGUUACUGGAGUAUCUAGAACUUCCCUAGCCCUGGAUUCAUGGAAAACGCCAUUCUGUGUUUCCUGCAAGGCUGGAGUACAUAAGUGAUACAGCCCUGGAGUGAGUCUUAGGAAGCAGGGUUGGUAUUGGCAUGGCUCAGUCUAGCUUUGGGUAUUCUUUUCUUUUCUGUGGAGAGCCUGCUGGAGUUACCCUCCCCUUCCUGAGAGGACCUAACAUCAGCGUCAAAUCUCUACCCUAAGAGGAGGGGGCCUCUAUGUAACACAAAGAAAUCUAAUUUGGGGUUAUUGGAGUUGCUGAGUUGGACGAUACAAGGGCUCUACUACUACUACUACUACCAUUGGGACAUUCCUUUUUAAUAUAACCCCCCACCCCCCGAAAUCUUGUGCUUUUGAGAGGAGGAAGACUGCAGCUUUGUCUUUCAGUCUGAGUGGAGAUGCUUUUUCUACUGGCUUAUCUUCCAUGGCAAAACCUUUGAUGGCCUGAGAGGCCUGAGCAGGUCUGACAACACAAGAGGAGGGUCAGCGAACAAACACGGAUCAGUUUAGUUCAAACACACUGACCCGGGUCACAAUAUAACCAAGGGUAUAAGCAAAGACCUUCUCUCUCUUACUACGCUAAUAAACUUUUCCUUUCUGAAAAGGAUUAAUAGAAAAGAUUUCAACAUACAUCUCCAUCUGCUGGAUGGGGAAAGGAUUCUUGUGUGGCUGCAGAAGGAUUAUUUACGGAUCCUUCAGGGUUCCUGAGUGAUCACACUGCCAGACUACACCAGACGCCACAACCUCCAAACAAGAUGACCGCCCAAUGCAAGAACUUCCUCCUCUUCCUGACCAGAGUAGGACUACUCUUGGGUCUGGCUAACCCUCUGGUGACCUCAGCCUCCUGCCCAUCGGCCUGCCGGUGUGAUGGGACCUUCAUCUACUGUAAUGAUCGAGGCCUCACCUCUAUUCCUACCGGCAUUCCGCUGGAUGCUACUGUACUCUUCCUCCAAAACAACAGGAUCAAGAGUGCUGGAAUCCCCACCGAUCUGAAGAGGCUAAGCAAUGUUGAGAAGAUCUACCUGUACUGUAAUAAUCUGGACGAGUUCCCCCAAAACCUGCCAAUAGGAGUAAAAGAGCUGCAUCUACAGGAGAAUAAUAUUCGGAUGAUUACGCAUGCGUCGCUGGGUCAGAUCCCGCUGAUUGAGGAGCUGCACCUGGAUGAUAACUCUGUCUCAGCGGUUAGCAUCGAGGAGGGAGCGUUCAGGGACAGCAACCACCUGAGACUACUUUUUCUGUCCAGGAACCACCUGAGCACCAUCCCGUCCGGCCUUCCGCAGACCAUCGAGGAGCUGCGCUUCGACGACAAUCGGAUCUCGUCGAUAUCGGAGGCGUCCCUCCAGGACCUGAUCAACCUAAAGAGACUCGUCCUGGACGGGAACCUACUCAACAACCGUGGCAUCGGCGAGAUGGCCUUCAUCAACCUGAUUAAUCUCACCGAGCUGUCCCUAGUGAGAAACACACUGACGUCUCCGCCGGCUAACUUACCGGGAACCAGUCUUGAAAAAUUGCAGCUUCAAGACAACCACAUCAACCGGGUACCGGCCGGGGCUUUCGCUUUCCUCAGGCAGCUGUAUCGGCUGGAUCUAUCGGGCAACAACCUGAGCAGUCUGCCUCAAGGAGUGUUUGAAGACCUGGAUAACCUCACGCAGCUCCUGCUCCGUAACAACCCAUGGCAGUGUACUUGCCGGAUGAAGUGGGUGAGAGACUGGUUAAGGUCGCUGCCGACAAAAGUCAACGUUCGAGGGUUUAUGUGCCAGGGGCCGGACAAGGUGAAGGGCAUGGCUAUAAAGGAUCUGUCUACUGACUUGUUUGACUGUGGAGGCUCUGACUUGGGCGGGAGCCAGGGGGCCCCUACCUUCGAGACCAGCACUGUCUCUAACACCUUACCCCCCUCACAUCCACAAUGGCCCUCCUUUGUCACUAAAAGACCAGUGGUGAAAAUGCCUGAACUGAGUAAGAACCACCGCAGUACUACGACACCAUCAGGUAGAAAGAUCAUCAGGAUCAGCGUGAAGUCGAGCAGUGCAGAGACAGUGCACAUCUCCUGGAGGGUUUCUGUACCCAUGACGGCCCUAAGGCUCAGCUGGUUGAAACUCGGCCACAACCCUUCAUUUGGUUCCAUCACGGAGACCAUCGUACAGGGGGAGAAGACGGAGUACCUCCUAACAGCUUUAGAACCGGAAUCCUCAUACAGGAUAUGCAUGGUUCCCAUGGAGACCAGCAACAUUUACCUGUCGGACGAGACGCCGGUUUGCAUCGAGACAGAGACCAGUUCUCUGAAGGCUUACAACCCCACCACCACUCUGAACCGCGAGCAGGAAAAGGAGCCUUACAACAAUUCCAGUCUGCCUUUAGCCGCGAUCAUCGGAGGGGCUGUGGCUCUGUUGGCAAUGAUAAUGCUGGCGCUUGUGUGCUGGUACGUGCACAGGAAGGGUUCGCUGUUUUCCAGGAAUUGCACCUACAACAAGGGCCGACGGAGGAAGGACGAUUACGCAGAGGCGGGGACGAAGAAGGAUACCUCGAUCUUGGAGAUACGAGAGGCCUCUUUUCAGAUGAUCCCCAUACACCCCGUGCCCGUGUCCAAAGAGGAGUUUGUGAUACAUACGAUUUUCCCUCCGAAUGGAUUGAGUCUGUACAAAAGCCCACACAGCGAGACCAGUAUUAGCAACAGGAGCUACAGAGACAGUGGAAUACCUGAUUCAGACCAUUCCCAUUCAUGAUAUUGAUAACACAGGACAUUUUAUUAUAAAUGAGUGCGUUCGGUGAUGACUUGAAACUAAGUGGCUAUAAGAUAUUGUUAUAAAACACUGGAUCUAAAAGACUGAUUGGGAAAGCAAUGUUCUUCUGUACAUUUGCCCAUAUAAUUUAUAUUUAAGGACAUUUUAUGACGAAGAGGAGAACAAACAUGGUUCACAUUGCAGACAGUAGGCCCAUCACUGAGCCGCAGGUCAGUGUAUGUUGUAAUUAAAACUGCAAUUCUAUAUUUUAGGGGUUUUUAGUAAUUUGUACUGUAUUUCCUUUGGCUUAAGGUUACCUAACAACCAAGUAUAAAAACAAACUCUGUUCUACUGAGAUAUGAUGACUUGUCAACUGUGAAAGUGGGUUUUCAUUGCUGUGUUGAACAAUCAGACUUGAAGAAUAAAGCACAGGUCAUUCCUUUGACACUAUUUUUGUGGCUGUUCGAUAACAACAAAAAGGCAAAAGAAAUGACAUGAUGAUCAAAACUAGGGCAGAGCUGAUUAACUAAGAAGAACCAGGGCGAAGCAGCGAGACAGCAGGCGUGUUGCCUUCUUCCUCUGAGGAGAGACAAGCAGAGAGCAGUCGCCUACAUGUACCUAGCCAGAGAGACCCAGAGGGGUGUAUCUCUUGAAACAUGGACUAGAUAUGGAUGUGUCGUGCUUUACAUCUAUGCUUUGUUCAGUGUGUGGAGUCAUUUAGUUUUUCUGUUUGGAAAAAACAGAAACAGAGACAGCACAGGUAGACCACGUUUGUGUGUGUGUGUGUGUGUGUGUGUGUGUGUGUGUGUGUGUGUGUGUGUGUGUGUGUGUGUGUCUGCACAUGUCCUUGUGAUUGUGCUUACGAGCAUGAGUGAGUGCCUGUGUGUAUGUGUGUCAAGCAGUCCUGUAGAACACAGCACAGGGCAUAUGAAGCACACAGACCUUUAGGAGAGGAGAGGAGACCCUCUCCUAACAUAUUAACCCAUGUAGGGUGGCCAGGCUGACAACACCCCUAUAUCUCUAUCUGGCUAAACUACAAUGGAUGCCAUUCUCCAGUACCUUGUACCAUAAGUCAUCCAAACUUGGCCCUCAAACAUAGCCUAGAUAUAAACAGGGCAAGAAAAAUGGACAUAGAGAAAAAAAUGGCUUUCUUUUGAAUACAAACGUCACCGAUUUCCUUGUUUAUGAUUAUGAUUUUGUAUUUUGUAUUUUUUUCCAGAUUGAAGACACUACUACUUCUAUGUUACCACAAUUUCAAAGUUAAUUGUUCUUUACAAAGUUGCUCAGGGAUUCUUGAAAGUCGGGACAAUUGUCCCAUCUUUCAAGAAUUCCUGAACUGAAAACCAAAGUGCAUUGAAUGCUCUUUGGCCCAGUCUUGUAUGUGCCUUGAUCUAAUGCUUAUUGUAUUUAGCUUUUUAAGAAAUCAGUGACUUUUUUUCAUACACACUUGAAUAUGAGAAAAUAUUGGUCAUAUUGCAGAAUAAAAGUGGAUAAAAA